CGGGUCGCCGCGAUGGCGGGGGUGUCCCCGCGGUCGGGGCCGGGACCGGGGGUAGGGCGGGAGGUGACCGCCCGCCGCCGGCUCCGAGCCCUCCUCCGACCCGCCUAGGCCGUCCCCAGGGGGCUGCAGGGCGGCCCCGGGAGAAGCCGCGGAGGGAAGGGAGGAAGGAGCAGGCUGGAGGCAUGGCCUCUGCUGGAGAGGGCAGCCAGCUCCCGGGGUGACGCCAUCUGUGCCAGCUCAGGAGGAGUGUCACCAGCCUCGUCCCAUGGCAGCCACCUAACCCAGGCAAAGGAGGGCAAUAAACCCCUCCCUUUGCAAACACGAGGCCUCUGGGAUCUCAGGUCCUGCCCCGAGGAAUGGCUGCAGAUGUCCACAAGAAGAAAAGCUGGGAAGUGCCCAAUGGGUCCCUGGCACCAGGAGAUGGGCAGCACGCGGAGCGGUCCGAGAGCCCCACACCAGGGCUGGCGCAGGGCACAGAGCCAGGGGCGGGCCAGGAGGGAGCCAUGUUCGUGCACACCCGCUCCUACGAGGACCUGACCAGUCCCGAGGACGGGGUGGCCGCAGCGCGGAGCCCGGAGAGGAGGCGGGGGGAGCCAGCUGAGCAGAGCAGCAUGGAGCAGAUCAGCAAGGACUUCAGCGAGCUGAGCACACAGCUCACGGGCAUGGCCCUCGACCUGGAGGAGGAGAUGAGGCCAGGCAAGGAGGGGAAGCUGGAGCCGUCCCCGCAGACCACCCGCCGCGACUCGGUGCUGUCGGGGAAGGAGGAGGAGGACAUGACCAUGGACGCCUGGCGCAUGCACCGGAAGCACGUCUUCGUGCUGAGCGAGGCGGGCAAGCCCGUGUACUCCCGCUACGGCUCUGAGGAGGCCCUGUCCAGCACCAUGGGCGUCAUGAUGGCCCUGGUGUCCUUCCUAGAGGCUGAGAAAAACGCCAUCCGGUCCAUCCAUGCAGAUGGCUACAAAGUGGUCUUCGUGCGGAGGAGCCCGCUGGUGCUGGUGGCAGUGGCACGCACCCGGCAGUCGGAGCAGGAGAUUGCCCACGAGCUGCUUUACAUCUACUACCAGAUCCUGAGCCUGCUCACCUGGACCCAGCUCAACCACAUCUUCCAGCAGAAGCAGAACUAUGACCUGCGCCGGCUCCUGGCUGGCUCCGAGCGCAUCACCGACAACCUGCUGGACCUCAUGGCCCACGACCCCAGCUUCCUGAUGGGCGCCGUGCGCUGCCUGCCCCUGGCCGCCAGUGUCCGGGACGCUGUCAGCAGCAGCCUGCAGCAGGCCAAGGCCAAGAGCCUGGUCUUCUCCAUUCUGCUCUCUGGGAAUCAGCUGGUGUCUCUCGUGAGGAAGAAGGAUCAGUUCCUUCACCCCAUUGACCUCCAUCUGCUCUUCAACCUCAUCAGUUCUUCUUCCUCCUUCCGGGAGGGUGAAGCCUGGACUCCCAUUUGCCUCCCUAAGUUCAACUCCAGCGGUUUCUUCCACGCCCACAUCUCCUACCUGGAGCAGGAGAUGGACCUGUGCCUGCUGCUGGUCUCCACUGACCGUGAGGACUUCUUCACCGUGUCUGACUGCAAACGGCGCUUCCAGGAGCGCCUGCGGCGGCGGGGGGUGCACCACGCUCUGCAGGAGGCCCUGCGCACGCCCUUCUACAGCGUCGCCCAGGUGGGCAUCCCCGACCUCAGGCACUUCAUCUACAAGUCCAAGAGCUCCGGGCUCUUCACCAGCCCCGAGAUUGAGGCUCCCUACGUGCAGGAGGAGGAGAAGGAGAGGCUUUUGGGGCUUUACCAGUACCUGCACAGUCGGGCCCACAACUCUUCACGGCCCCUGAAGAACAUCUACUUCACGGGCCCCCGCGAGAACCUCCUGGCAUGGGUAACCAAUGCCUUUGAGCUCUACGUAUGCUACAGUCCCCUGGGGACCAAGGCUGGCGCCAUCAAUGCUGUCAACAAGCUCAUGAAGUGGAUCCGCAAGGAGGAAGACCGACUCUUCAUCCUCACACCCCAGACAUACUGAUGGGCAUCACCCAGGGCAUGGAGCCAGCUGGGAGAGCCCCCACUGUGCUGGGGAGCCCAUUCCCAGGGAUUCCCGGGCCAUGUGUCCAGGGGAGAGGGCAUGGAGGGACCCCAGAGCACAGGGAAACCCCACCCGUAGGACUGUCCAACCUGGGUGUUAGAGAUGGGGUGCACAGGGAAAGGGAAGGGGAUGAGCAGGACUUUCUCUCAGCUGCAGGCAGUGCCCCAGCUGGGGGGCUUCUCUUCCUCUGCAGUCCCCAGCUCCAUCCCUUGUUGUGGGGGUCCUGGAGUGGGGGUGCCAGUAGCCCAGGUUACUGGAGGGGAGCAGAGCCCUUGGGUCCUGCUCCCUGUGCCUGGCACCUCCCCUCUCUGACAUCCUGUGGCUGUGCCAAGGGUGGGGGUCCCCAGGGGAGAUGUGGCAGCACUGAGGGGACCCUUAUGUUGCUGUGCCCGCAGAUGGCGGGUGACACCGCCCAGGCAGGGGACAGGGCUGGCCUGGGGCACACACUGCUCCUGUCCCUGCCCUGGGGAAGCUGGACCCUCCAAGUGCCGGGGAGCCUCUGCAGUCCCAGAGCAGGUUUGCCCCCUUGGCAUCUGUAUGAGCUUGGACCCUUCCCACUGUGGCUGUGAAAAGGAUGUCUGUCCCUGGGGAUGCUGGCAGGCAGGAUGGGUCAGCCUGCCCCAGCUGGGACAGCAGGGUCCUGCUCACCUCACCACAGGGACACAGCAGCCCCAGAGAGCCAAGGUGCCAAGGUCUUCACCAGGAUGCUUGUGGGCUCAUGGUUCUGGCUGUGGGUAGGGGACCUUAAAGGGGCAGCUCGAGCACAUCUCCUUGGAGAUGCCCCUGGUAUAAGGCCGUGGUGCUCCCCAGCCCAUGGAGGAUUUUCCCUUUGGCACGGGAGCACCUGUCCCCCAAACCGAGCCCCUCAAACCAGCUACACUGAGUUUUCUGCACCUCCCUGACCGCCUCAGGCACUGGUGUGGGGCUAAACACCUGUGAACAGCCCAACUUCAUGUUUUGGGGCUGGCUGAGUAGUGCUGGAAUAGGUGUUGGAGGAGGGGCAGAGCCAUCAGGGUGGCACCCCGGCACAGAGGGAGCUGGGAAGGAUCCGGCAGGGCUAGCACAGGGAUCUGCUCCUGUAUUUAUGCUCCUGCCAGAGUGUAAUCGCUUGUCUUUGCUCAUAAACAUUAUCUGGACCCUAA